UAACAACAUUACAACAAAGCCUGCCAAAGUGCAUUUGCAGGUCCUUUCCAUGAUUUCUUCGAGACUGCUUCGUUUUCCCAAGAUCUUGCGACUUGAUUCUUUCCUUGCUGAACAGCUGCAGUAUGGAAGACAGCGCGGACAGGCAAAAGGGCACCACCAUUGCUUUCAACUACGAUGCAGACAAGCGCAGUCGACGCCGGCGAUCUAGGACCCCCAACAAGGAAGCCGGGGAAGAGAAGCGCAGACAGCAGCGGGAGAAGCGAAAGGCGCUUUUCGCAGCUCCCGUGAUUGAAUCCAAGACAGCACCGGUGGAGGAGUCGGAUGAUGAGCCGACCGAGCCGAUGGUCUCGGAGCGCCCAGAGAAAGCGUGGGAAAAGGCUGCCUGGGAAGAAAGCUCUUUCGAGAGCUCGUCUGAGAAAGCGAAGUUCCUGAGACUCAUGGGGGGAGCCAAGGCGCAGACACCAAUUUUGGUGCAUUCUUUACACGUGCCAUACAGGCCAUACAUCAUACAUCCGAUCUAGGAGUCCAGGAGAGUGCACAUCCAUGGUUCUAAUGUAUUCUAAUCUGAUUUCGACUGCAACAUCUUUUCCGUUGUAUGAGCUUGUCUCACUUAUAGAUGGCUGAGUCACAGGGCUUUAAAGAAACCUGGGAGAGAAACUUGGUUCCGACCCCUUUCCGCCCUUUCAUUUCAACGCGAUUCUUUGAUGCUCUCGAGGAGAAGAGCUCCGAGCCAACGUCCAACAGAACGCCAUCUGCACUGGGCCCUUCCUCCCAGGAGCUGGAGCGGCAAUAUUGGCAGGGCAUGCAGAAGCAGCUCUACUCACGCCAGCGUGGUUUGGGGUGAGAAGGUUUGCAGAUUGGCCGAUGGCUCCCCGCUCGUCUUCAAUUUCCUGGAACAACAUGACCAUGAACAGUUUGUGUACUGGCACUAGCCACCAGCUUAGACAGUCCACCAAUACUUCUCUUUCUGGCAUAGGCAGCAUGGCUUUUGCCCAGUGCAACAUUUGCAUGGAUGCUUCUCGGCCAAAGCUGCCGAUGGAAGAUGCCGU